AUGUAUCGUCGCGCGCUGCAUGCUCUCGUCGCGCUCUGCGUCGCCGCUUUGGCGGUGGUGGGGAGCCCGGCGCCACGAAUUCCGCGCUCCUCCUCCAACAGCUGGCUGAAUCUCGUCGCAGAUUACGCUCGCAACAACAUGGAGUAUGGAGAAAAUGGCCCACAGUGGACUUUACCAGGAGCAUCUCAACUUAAUGUCAAGGUACACCCUAAUCUGCAGCCUGCGAUACUGCCUCUGCUCGUGAUACCAAUGCCUGUACCAUCUGCACCUCGUCAAGAAUGUCCCGUUAGUAAUGACAUCGGCCACAAACAAGUUCAUGAUAAACAAAGUAAUGAUAAACAAUCUUAUGAUAAUUAUGCCCCGAGAAAGCCACAGUCAGACUAUCAUGCUCCUCCUGGUUUUAGCGAUUUCGACGAUAUAAGUGAAGUAUAUCCUACCAAAAAGCCGCAAAGAUUGUGGACGCAAGACCAAUCUAAAGGACGUCCGUAUACUACACCUUCUUAUGAAUUUAUUCCUGAAGUAGAUUCAAGUUUAGUACCACAAUUCGAAAAAGUUGUUUCGUCGCAGCAGUUGGUGGAGAUGUUCCGCACGCAGGCGCCGAGUGCGCCGUACGAGCCGCCCAUCAAGCAAUCGCAGUUCGACAGCAGCGAGCGAGCACCAACCCCCCUGCAGUCGGACACGGACCCACCUCCACACGGGCGCACAUACGUGGAUGCUCCCCCCGCGCCCGCGCCCGCGCCCGUCCCGUCCCGCUCCCGCUCCCCCGCCCGCCCCCGCUUCGACCGACCGCUGCUGUUGCGCGGCGAGCUCACCGUGCCCCGUGCCGAUUACUCAGAACCAUACACCGUGUGGUGGGACCCGGUGAACGGCGGCGCGCGUAUUGAUUAUCAUGGCGGCUCCACGUCCACCUUCCGCUCUCUGCACGAUGGUAACGUGUAUCGAGCAGAGAUGCACGUGGAUCGCAGUGGCGAGCGGCCGGUGCAACGCUGCGCUGUGGGCUCGCCGCAGCGCGAGGGGCCCGACGACCGCGCGUUGCCCGUGCUGCCCACAGAGCUUGACCAGUUCUCCUUUGCCGGAUACGUGGAGACGGCGCGUGGCAGCGCGGAGGUGUGGCGGCGAGUGGUGGCGGGGCGCGCGGGCGAGCAGGGCGGCGCGCGGGGCGAGUCACUCGCCACGCGCCACGACCUGCUGCUGGCGCGCGACGCGGACCGGAUCGUGCCACUCUCGUACUCGGUGUCAGUGAACAGUUCGGUGCUGGGCCCCGACUGCGACGGAUAUCAUCACGAGUACUUCGAGGUCUCUGAACAACAGCACAUGCCGAGCAUUUUUAAUUUGGAUCUCGAUGAAGCAUGUAAUCAGGUUGAAUAUGUGAACGCGUCUAUGCCGGAUAAUCUAGCGCGACUGGAGCCGCUGCGGGAGUUCACAUUGCCGCAUAGAGACCCGCGAUAUGACACUAAACUUCAAGAGUUCAUAACGGAACACGAGAGGAGCUACGCCGAUAACACAGAGGAAGCUGUGCGCAAGAACAUCAUAAUGCAGAGCCACCGGUUUGUGUCGUCGGGCAACCGCGAGGGUGCGACCGUGCAGUUGGGCGUGAACUUCCUGUGUGACCGGCUGGACGGCGAGCUGGACGAGCUGCGCGGAGUGCAGCCGGCUGCUGAGCUACGUAGGGCCGAGCGCUUCCCGCACUCGCGCCACCAACUCGCCGCCGCCGAGGACGCACUGCCCAAGCAGUUCGACUGGCGCCCGCGUGGAGCCGUCUCUCCAGUCCGAUAUCAAGGUACGUGCAUGUCGUGCUGGGCGUUUGCUGUGGCCGGCUCAGUGGAGGGCGCGCUGUUCGUGCGCACGCGCCGCCUGGUGCCGCUCAGCGAGAAGUGCCUCGUAGACUGCGCGCACUCACAUGGUGCAAACGGUUGCAAGGGUACUUGGCCUAGCCGUGCGUACGAUUACAUCCAAGACAGGGGCCUGCCUGCUCUGGACGAGUUUACACCGUAUGAGCCUAAGGUCGAUCAAUGUGCAAAAGUGUCUCCUGUCACCCGCAUCAGUGGUCACGUGAACGUAACUCAAAACAGUGUUCCUGCACUGAAGAUUGCCAUUAGACGUCACGCGCCGACUGUCGUUAUUAUUGAUGCAAAGGCCAAGAGCUUCAUAAUGCAUAAGAAGGGAGUGCUCUACGACGACCGUUGCGGCAAGACACGUAAGCAACUGAACCACGCGGUGGUGGCAGUGGGGUGGGGCGAGCGGCGCGGCGAGCCGCACUUCAUCCUGAAAAACUCUUGGUCCUCGAAGUGGGGGGAGGGAGGCUACAUCCGAGUGCAGGCGCGCGCCAACACGUGCGGAGUACUUACCAUGCCGUCGUACCCGCGCCUCGAGAAUGAGGACGUGCUUCGUGAUCUGCCCCCUACCCAGCUCGACGACUCCAACACCAUCAGGCGCAACCUCGACUCUCAAUAUCAAGAUCUCUAA